UAUGUAUGAUGAAGAAUGAAUCUGGGUAUGUAUUUUUAUUCUAAGUACCAUCAGCAUAUGAAAACUCUUUUUGAAAUCACAACGUCCAGAGACGAGCUGCUGCUCAGAAGAUCCCUGCGGUGACAACCAUGAAUUUGCCGUCCAGAGAGGAGUGUGAAGGGUGGGACCAGGUGAAAGUGGCUCUUUUUAUGUGUAAGAAUAAUAUGCAAGACUGUGCUGCAACUGUGACCAGAUUAAAAAUUGAUGGAGUCCGACUUCUGAAUCUGACUGAGAAUGAAAUCAGGAAGUUCAGCCUCCUUCAGCAGCCGCAACUUCAGAAAAUGGUUCAAGACAUCAAGAAAAAUGAUGGCAGUCUGCUGAAUAAAAUCAGAAGAUUGAAAACCAAACCACGUCCAAACCUUCCUGCCAGAGACUACAAAGACCACAGAGAAAAUGAUGAAGGCUCUGAUCCAGAAUAUAACAAUCCAUGUGAGGACACACCUGAUGACAGUUAUGAACCUCCCCCAGUCCACAGGGAGUUCACUGGACGUCCCUUUGCUGCCCUGCCAAGGGGGGAAUAUCUAGACAGUUGUCAUGUUCGACCAAGCCGACCACCCAGGAAGCCGCUCCGCCCAGAUAAGGCCUCCAGACAACUGCCUCCUGAACCCUCCCAAGCAGAUAGUGACAAAGAUGAAGACUACAUAGACCCAGAUCCCAAUGGUGAGGACGACUACAUAGAACCCACAGACAAUUCAUCCACAAGUGGAAAGAGAGCAGGAGGCGACUAUCCCACUCUACCUCCAGCUUUACCAGACCGUCCAUCCAGUCCUGAUGAUUUAUAUGAAGAACCUGAAAAAGAGAAGUCACCUUCACCUCCCCAGAGAAACAGAUUUUGUCCGCCUCCUUCCAAACAGUGUCCUUCCGUACCAAAACCCAGCCCAAGGCUCAACAACUGGGGAUCCACCCUCUCUGCCCAGCAGCCCACAGACGAUGAUGAAUAUGAACUUUGUGAUCAAGAUAACAGUUCCAAUCAUAAACCUCCAGGUGGUCCUCCCCCGCCUCGUCUACCAAAGCCAACUCCAAGAGAGAGGUCACCAAAGCCGCCUGUAUUACCGAGGCAAGAUUUGAAACCAAGACAAUUUGAAAGUGCCUCCCUGCCUUUGAUGCACUCUGAACCGAAACCACCUCCAAAAGCUUUCUCCCUGGAUCAAAAGCGACCAAAAAUCCCUCUUCCACAGAUUACACCACCCAAACCAGCUGAGAAGGGGAGCACUGCAUCAGAAAAUGCUUCAACAGACCAAGAUAAGGAUGGUGAUGUUUACAACAAACCCUGGUUUGCCAGCACAUGUGACCGCAAGACUGCAGAUGACGCUUUAUUGCGAUCUAACAUGGACGGAGCUUUCCUGGUGAGAAAGAGCUCUGGUCAGGAUGUGCAGCAGCCCUACACGUUAGUGGUCUUUUACAAUGGAAGAGUCUACAACAUCCCAAUACGCUUCGUGCCGAGCACAAGGCAGUAUGCUCUGGGAAGAGAGAAGAAAGGAGAGGAGUACUUCAGCAGUGUCUCCCACAUCAUAGAGAACCACCAGAGGAAUCUUCUGGUGCUGAUCGACAGUCAGAGCAACACCAAAGACGCCACCAAGCUGUGUCAUCCUGUAAAGCCGUAGACGACUCCGUCAGUCAGACGACUGAUUCAGAACAUCUGAGCUUCACAAUCCGAGGCCCGUGUUCUUUCACUUUUCAACUUCCCUGCCCAUCAGUGUUUUAAAGUAAACGCAGAGUUAAGCGUUUGAAACGGUGCACUAUGAUAGUUAUAUUUUUUUUAAAACAGCCAAGAACUGCUGGAGAUCCUGAUUUUCCCCACAUGGGACAAUAGACUGGCCUUCAAAGACACUUAGGAAGGAGGAUGGUUGUAAAGCAAUACCCUGGAUGCCUGCUCUUCUAAUAGGACAGUUCUGUUCUCAUAGUGAUGUGACUAUAUAGUUAUUUUUGUUGAUAUUUUUUGUUCAAGCAAAUACAUGAAAGCAUCAUGACAGUGCCCCUUCAAUGCCUUACUGAGCAAGUUUUUUUAAAUUUGUAGAAAACACAGCUUUCUUUGAUUAAUAAAGCAAUUUCCAGAAUAGGUUCUAGAUAGGGGCCGACAGGGGCCAGUGUCCCAUACAGAUUCUGACCUCUGUCAUUCCCCAGGCAUUGAAGUUAAUAAUACUAAAUCUAUUUCUUAUGGUAAAAUUAAUAAUCUUUUGGAAUAAUUUAAUGUUAUUAAUAACUUAAUCCAUUCAUACUGAGACGGAAUCCCAAUUUUCCUCUGUAUCCAAAGCAACAAGUGAAUCUUUGGCUCUGCUGCUCACUUAAUACAUAUAAUAUCGCCCUGUUAUUUUGGUUUCAUUCUUUUGUUCUGUGUUCUAGUGAAAAAAAAAGAAAAAAUCUAACCCCACCCUGGCAAACUUGUCCAAGACCCGCCACUCCCCCGGCAGACCUUCUUCCUCAUUCAUCAUUCUUUAUAGUUUUGUUUGUUUAAAUAUUAGCUUUUUUUGUUGUUAGCUCUUUGAUUACAGGUCCUCUUUGUAAAGUGUACAUUUUAUUGUACAUUUCAUUUUCUUUCAUUGAUUAUUUUUCCCAGUUGUGACCUCUCUGCUCGGUUUUCUGAAUGAAAAGGAUCGCAGGAUGAAGUGAUGAGAAU